AUGAACGGCACUGUCCUUACAUAUGAGAGGGCUCAUGCGUUCAUGGCCUUCUAUAGUCAACAAUUCGCGCUCGGUAAACCUAUCAUUCGCAUCGACACGCUUCCGCAUAAACCAGGAUCAUCUGCCAUCAUGAUGUUUGGCGAAUCACGUAUGUCUUACGGGAGUGGCCCAACGGACGGGGCAGCGAAGCGAGAUUGUUAUUUGAAGGGAGCACACAAGGUGGAAAGCUUUGAUCCCGAAAUAUGGAAGUUGUUUGUCGCCAGUGAGGCGCCCAAGGCUCAGGCAACUCAAGAACGACCAGCUGCACCAGCUGUUUGUACAAGCACUCGCCCUCGUGCUCGCCUUCUUGAUCCAUAUGCAGCACAGUCGCAUCAGUUCGUUUGCAGAACCUCCCAACAUGUCCGCUCUUCAGCUACGUUCUCGGCCACUGUCGUGAGAUCGAGCACCGCCCGCUAG